CAAGAAAUAGUAUUUUUUUGUUAUGUUUGAAGAUGGAGGAAAACACAAUUUCCAGGAAACUGAGAACUGAUUUUGCUGUCCCUGAAGAUAGCGAUGAUAGUGAUUUAGAUGACAGUGAUGCCGACCCAGACUAUUUACCUAGUACAUCUGGACAGCAAAGACAAGCCCUUAGGAGUACAUCUGGUAAUGUAUUGUCUGAUAAUUCUGAUAGUUCUGACGUUAGCAGUGAUGAAUCAACUCCAGUGGGUGCAACAACUGCAAAGAUAGCUCAGUCAUCACUGCACUGGGAAAAAGUUUCUCAAGAAAACAGUGAAAAACAAUCUCCAUCAUGUAAUUUACGUGAGGUAUAUAGUGAGGUGGAAUCCCCUGUUUACUAUUUCAGGAUGUUUUUUGAUGAGGAUGUUCUGGACAAUAUUAUGGAGCAAUCUAAUCUGUUUUCAGUCCAAAAGAACCCAAACAGACCUUUGAAUGUGGAUACAAAUGAAAUUGAGGUGUUCAUGGGUUCAUGCAUAUUCAUGUCUGUUUUUGGGUUACCUCGGUCUCGCAUGUUUUGGGCAAACAACACAAGAGUUGAGACAGUUGCCAAUGUUAUGCCACGUGAUCGUUGGGAGUUUAUAAAAUCCUGUGUUCACUUCAAUGACAACACGAAACUGCCAUCUCGAAAUGACCCGAAUUGUGACAGGUUAUUCAAAGUUCGCCCUCUAGUUGAUGAAAUGCAGAAAAAGUUCAAAAACUUGCCUUUACGUCAGAUGUUGUGCGUAGAUGAACAGAUAAUUCCCUAUAAGGGAAAAUCUGCUCUAAAACAGUACAAUCCAAAAAAGCCUCACAAAUGGGGGUACAAGGAAUUCAUCUUGUCUGAUUCCAAUGGCCUUGUUCACAAUCUUGAAAUGUACACGGGGAGUAUAGCUCCGGUUGAAGGAAUACCUGACAUAGGCCCUAGUGGAAAUAUAGUUUUGCGACUGCUGGAGAAUGUUCCCCGACAUGAAGGAUAUCUAUUGUACUGCGACAAUUGGUUUUCGUCCUUGAAGCUGUUUUCUGUGCUCGCAGAAAUUGGUAUUGGAGUUCUUGGUACAAUCAGAGUGAAUCGCUUUCCUGGCCUGCAGUUCCAAACUGACAAAGAAAUGAAGAAAGAGGGAGAGGAGUAUUUGACGAAGUUGCCACAAAAGUGAAUGGUGUAGAGAUAAGAGCAAUAAAAUGGUUCGAUAAUCGGGGCGUUACGCUGGCAUCAACUUUUGACUGUGCAUACCCUCUAGGAGAAGUAAAACGUUUUGACAGGAAAACCAAAACUGAGGUUACAAUACCUUGCCCAAAAGCAGUAAACACAAAUAACACUUUCAUGGGCGGAGUUGAUUUGCUUGAUGGACUAAUCUCGUACUAUAGGAUUCAGCUUCGCUCAAAGAAGUACUAUCACCGUAUAUUUUUCCAUUACAUAGACAUGGUAUUAGUCAAUGGAUGGUUGAUGUAUCGUAGACACUGUGAUGUACAGAACUUCAGUCACAAGGACCGACUGGACCUUUUGGGGUUUCGAUGUGAAGUCGCAUCAGCUCUUUGUAAAGAAGGCAAGUACAAAGGGAAGAAAAGGGGCAGGCCUUCUUCUGAUUCACUCGAAAGACAAUUCGAGAUGAAAAAACGAAGAGGACCAACAGCACCUAUGCCAGAGUAUACAUCAAGGCGAGACCAAAUAGGUCACUGGCCCAAAAUGGAGAUCCAGCGCCAAAGGUGCAAGUUCCCAAGCUGCAAGGGCCUAACUGCUGUAAAAUGUGAAAAGUGUAGUGUACAUCUGUGCUUUACUACCCAGAGAAAUUGUUUUAGUGAAUUUCACCAGUAAAAAUGUUUGCAUUGAAAAUCAGCAACAAUGAACUUACUAUGUAUUUUAUUUCUGCAAAAUGUCAACAAUGAUUGGAGUUUUGUAUUCAAUUAUAUUGUUGAAAACUGAAAUAAGUUCCAUGGCAAUAAUAGUUUCUUGUAAAGCUCUAUUGCUAUAGUUGGUUUCUAAAUAAUAUGUAAAUAUCUGUUUUUACCAACCAGGAUCUUGUUCAAUAUUUAUGUUUAUGCAUGUUCAGUAUUGCAGUUGUCUUGUAAAGUUAUAAUGCUAUGUUUAUUAGUUAGGUACAACUGUGUAAAUAAAAACAUGUAAAAUAAUUUUGUUACUGACUAUAAGAGCUUUUGUGUGGAAGUGUGUUGUAUGAGUAUUGCAGGCUUUUCGUAAAGUUGCAUAACUAUUACUUUGUUUCGAGCUAUGACUAUAUUUGCAUUUUAUAAUCUACUGUAAUAAUCUGCAUUAACAAGUUUUAUUGUUAACCAUACAAAAAUAUUGGUUCUUGAAUAAAAUAUGCUUUCUGUAAAGACUUAUUCUUAUAACUGUGACUGUGUAACAAUUGAAAUCCAAAAGACUGAUAGUAUAACAUUGUGGCCUGGUGUAUCAUAUAUGUUACAAAGCUGAAUAUUGUAUUAAAUAUGCUUCAAUUUGUUUGAUAUUA